CGUCUAGUGUCCACGCCAACCACCACUACGCCGGACGCACCUCUUCACACUCAGCAGACCCACUGCCCUCGUGCAUCACGCUGAGGUCAUCCCCCCCUGGAAGGAGGUGACAGGAGGAGCAAUGUGGAAGACACGCGUGGUAUUCGUCACUGUUUUCACCUGCGUCUUCCUGACCAGCCAUGCUUCUGAAAUCGAGAGCACAACAAGUAGAAGAGACAACCAUGAAGAUAACGGAGAUAUUAACCAAGUUUGCUCACCUGACUCCAGGCAAAAAGUACACGUUAGAAGUGAAGGAGUGCUUUACAACAGUGCACUGUGACAUACUGACGACACUUGAAGAAUGGACGGAACCAGAGAAGCCACGAGUGCUGGAAAAGACAGAACUCCAGACAACAACAGACACCACCAUCACCAUCCAGCUGCCCGUCCUGCAGAACCCUCCAGGAAUGCACUGGAUAUUGUUGAGGAAAUACAGCGGCGGCGACGACGAAUACCACACAAGGAAGCAAGACACUGAGGAGAAAGCACUGGUAAUGGUUCACACAGAAGGGGAGAAGGAAAGGAAGGAGGCGCAGGCAAAGAGGAGGAAUCGUCGUUCCGCUGAUCCAGGCCAAAACGAUCACUCGUUGCGAAUUGCGGCAAAGAUCGAGGUGGUGGAGGACAAGGACCCCGAGGAGUUAGUGGUGGUGGGAGGCGACUGGCAUGGAGGGAAGGGUCUGGAAAGCGACACUGAGUACAUUGUGUUCAUAGUGACGGAGACCAGGGCAGGUCCCUACAGUGAAUACUUCUCGUGCAAGCCAAGGAUUAUGAGGACAGCGAAUCGCCCUAAAGAGCCCGCUACUUAGGGGGUGACCGUGGCCCUGUGUUCUGCUGCGCUGUUCUUCAUUUGCUUCAUUGCACCACUGGUGAUCUCUUGUUCUAACACAGGAAGCAGCUUCCGUAGAAGAGUCGUUGUAACCCAGUCAACAAGGAAGGUAAGGCAUGAAGACAGCAUCAUGCGGACCAUAACUAAGGCCAGCAUUCAGAGACCCUUUGUUCUCUCACCACAGCGACUGAGGUACUGUCAAAGAAGACUACGAUAUGUUAAGACAAGUAGAAUCUACCUGCCAGAUACUAUAUAAUGGUUUAGGGAAUAGACCUUCUGUAUUAGAUAGCUAGUAUACUCAAUAAUUUUGCUCUGUGUUGAUAUCUCUGUUUCCUUAUUCUUGAAAUAAUGAAUAAAAUGCUCAGCAAGCUAUAUUCUCUGUUGUCCGUCGUAGCAAACGGUGUUGUGGUGAUUCCUUGCUCGAUGGAUUCUGUUACUACGAAACCGAGUCUUUUGUAUUGAUUCGAGUCUGUACUGGUGAUAGGCACCAAUAAACCUGGUAACUGCUA